AUGUCUACAAAAGUUGUUAAACCUUCACAUAAGAAGCCUCAAGUCAAGGCCUGUCUCAAGUGCAGACUUCGAAAGGUGAAAUGCAAUCGACAGUAUCCUUGUUCUCGAUGCAAUGAGAGUAAUGAUACAUGUAUAUACGGAGAGAACAUCGUGAGUCAAUCGGACGAUUUGAGCACUCCUCAUCAUAUAAUUCCUGUUGGUACGGAUGACAGAGAAGAAACAAGACCAGUAGGGGUGGAACCUUCAACAUCAAACCAUAUUGGAAUAGAACGCAGAAAAUGGGCCUUUGUUGAUUGGAGAAAGCUUGUUGAAUUAUCGCAACUAAAAACAAAGGGUCCCUUUUUAAAAGAUGCCGAGUCCUCUUUAAUUGAGCAUCUCCGAAAAAACCCUUCUAUAUUGGGUAUUCUAGAGCAAUUACGGGACCUCCUCCCUCCUCUGGGAAUAUGCAAGACUUUAAUUCAGCGAUAUUUCAGUAGGGUUGAACAGGUCAGCUGUAUAUUCGAUAAAGCACAAGUGGAAAAAUGUAUUUUUGAUUUGGAAAAUACAAACAAAAUUCCGGAAACUACACUUAUCACGUUGUUAGCCAUUAUAUCUGUGAUGUUACCACUCGGUGAACCGCCUAUGGAAGUUGACAAUUAUGUUGCAUCCACAGGAAAAAAUGUUAAUAACAUUUGCUCCGAAAUUGACUCAAAAAUAAACAAUUUUUUGCAGGACGAAGACGUAAAUCGCCUAUGGAAGACCAACGACAGAAUUCGGCUUCACGCAUUACGAGCGCAGCGAAUGUCUCGAACGGAGUUUCGAAAGCUUAAUACCGAUACUUGUAUUGCUGUUCAUAUUUGUUGUUUUAAAAAUCCUAUUUUUCAAAGGAUGCAUUCGGAUACUGGAUCAGAAGCAAAGCUUUGGUUGACGGUUUGCGAAAUUGAUGCAUUAGAUUGCGUUUUAAACUAUUGUCCACCAUGGAUCCAACACGAUGUUUUUUCGAUUUUGACACCACUAAAAAGCUAUUAUCCCAACGAUAGUAUUUAUGAAUUUCAUUGCAUACUGAGCAAACUAUUAGUAUGUGGGUUAGACGUGUACAAAACAGUACAUUCUUCAACUGCUGUCGAGUUUAUAGAUGUAAUUCCUCAUUUUGAGACAAAGCUAUCGUUAAUUCUAAUGGAUAUUGAAUCGAAUUCUUCUUCUGAUGAUACUAGCGCCAUUUUUCGAGGUUUAUUUCUGAAAGUUCUUUUCUGGGUUGUUCGAAAAAAUUUGUAUCAAUAUUAUAUUACUGUCUCUCCUGCAUCUGUGCCCAAUUAUGAGAAGCUUCUUCAAAAUCUAACACAGACAUUGAAGCAAUUGACUCGCAUUAUAACCAACUCCAUAAACAUUUUUGAAGAGUACGGUUGGCUAAAUUGUAUGCUAGUACAGGCGAUUCAUUCUUUUUAUCUUUUACGCAUAUGUUCAGAUAAGGGAUAUAGUUUAGAGGAUAACAUUUUUAAUUCUGUGUCAGCUAUUCAAGCAAUUAUCAAAAGGACGAACUAUUCACACAGAUUAUGGAAAAAGAUGUAUGAUCUUUUGCAAGUAUUAAUCGGCGGUGUUGUGUCUAAUUCAGAGUUGGAAGAGAAUGCGUUUGAGCAAAAUGAUGAAACCCUUUUUGAUAUGUUUGCCGAUAUUUUUGAUUCUAAUUUCAACUUUAUAGUUCCCUCGGGUCUGUAA